AUCGAGAUGGGUUAUCCAAGCUCUACCACCUUUUUUUUAAGGCUACUUUAGAUGGAAACUUGAAAGAGUAAAGACCAAACUGAGAAAAGUGGCUCUCCAAAAGAAAGAAGAUGUGUGGGUGUCACCUGAACUGUUUCUUUGAAUAGAGUGAGAGAUUCCUAGAGCAAGCAAGCCAUAGAUAGUUAAAUCUUAAUUACUCAUCUUGGGAUUCUCAAGCCUUUUAAAUAAUAAACUCUCAUUAUUAUGGAGUCUGCAAAUCUCCAUCACCAACAUGAUCAGCUCCAAGACCAGUUUGUUGGGUCUUCUUCUUUAACUACUACCACCCCAUCUAGCUAUGCAGAAGCUGGAAGCACCCAUGCUUGGACCCAAACCAUCACUUUGAAUUCAGGCAACUUAAGUCCAAACUACAAUGGAGUUAUCUUCAACCCAAGACAGAAAUACGAGAGUCCAGUCUCUUCUGUCAACAGCACCAUGAUUCAGGACCUAGGCUUUCAGCACUGGAAUAACAAUGCUGGUAACUUCAACAGCCUUUCAGCUUAUCAUGAACUGCAACUUUCAAAAAUCAAAGAAGAGCUCUCAUCGGAUUCUUUUCCCAAAUUUACUGAGAUGUUAAAUAGCCCUUCAAGUACUAUUGAAGAUCCACAUCCAUCUUCCUCAAGUUACUUUAAAGAUGAACAAGAGGGUCUCAGUCUUGGUGAAAAGCUCCUUCUCAAGACUAUUUCACCCGGCUUUCCAAGAAAUGGCCAUGAUCAGUUUUCACCCCGAGAGAUUUCCUCUUGUCAUCACAACGGUUCCAGCUUUGGAAGUGCUAUACCCAGCAGAGAGAGCUUUAGUCAGAUAUAUCCUAGUAUAAAUAUUUCAAACUUGAAUCAGCCAUCUUCGCCGUUGAUAUCAGGCUCCUUUGACGUGAACUUGCAGGGCUUGGAUCUCUUAACGUCUACUAGAUUUAGUGGAAGUUUUGCCCAACUUUCUGAUGAUCCUCUUGCUAUGUUUAAUAAAGACAGUCUUUCUUUCGGUCUCGAUCGUAUGCAGCAAGCCAGUCAGAGGCCAUCAUGUAGCCCUAAUAAGUACUCCACUCUCUGUAUUUCAAAGAUAUCCUCCACCGAUGAAAUGACAGAGGCUAAAAGGCCCAACAAAAGCUUGAUGGAGCCAAAGGCAACACAAGCUGCUGCACCCAAGAAAUCGCGGUUGGAGUCACGCGUUUCCUGCCCUCCUCUUAAGGCUAGAAAAGAGAAAUUAGGAGAUAGAAUUGCAGCUUUGCAGCAGUUAGUUGCACCCUUUGGAAAGAAUAUUGCAGACAGACACGGCAUCCGUAUUAAUGGAGGCUAUUGGAUACAUCAAAUUCCUUCAAAACCAGGUCGAGACAUUGAGUAUUCCAUAUAUGAAGUCAUCCGGCAACAAGACGAGCAGAAGCAUCCAAGCGGCGGCUUCGAAUUUGGGGGAUGAAGAACCAAAGAGAGACCUGAGAAGCCGAGGGCUCUGCCUGGUGCCACUAUCUUGCAUGUCUUACGUAACUAGUGAUGGUGGGGGCGGCGGAGGCAUCUGGCCACCACCUAAUUUUGGUGGAGGGACAUAGCCAUGUGGAUCGACUUUAAGCAAUAAUUAUAUAUGUUAACACUUGAUCAAAGAUUAAUUCUGAUCGUUUUUUUCUGUACGUUUAGUGGAGCAAAUUUGGUCAUCCUGCAAAAAAUAAGUAUUCUGGGGUGGACCAAAUUUGAUCCAUUAACAAUUUAGGUAACAAAUUCAUAUGUAAUAUCUAUGGAACUCUUGUUUUAUAUGAAAGAUUCAUGCACUUUAAUUGCUUCA